AUGAGACUCCGUCAACGACGAACGCCGUUUAUUCUUCUACUUCUACCCUCCCUUGCCCUAGCCGCAUCUACACUAGAUACGAAACCUGCAAAAGAUGUUCCUGCUGUGGGCGCGGGCAGUGCGUCGUCCCAAUCUCUGGACCCAGCUGCCGGAUCUUCCAAGUCGACCAAAGUCGAUGUCGGCACCAAGAUCGCGCCAGUAGAUGGUAAAGAUGGGAUGCCGCAUGAGGGUCCUUUCGUAACGACCGACAAGGGGCGCAAGAAGGGUGAUGCCAAUGACGUUGUAGACACCAAACCCCUCCCUUCCUUGAAAGACCGGCCGGUAGAUCCUACAGUUAUCGAUGGAAAGAAGAUACCCGAGAGUAACGACGGCGUCAUGGAUGACCCCCAUCGUCAGCCUCCUAAGCAGGGCACUACCGGUACCGAAGGAGGCGUGAGUGAGAAGGAUAAAGCCAAGAAAGCUAAAGAGGGUGUAACUGGGGAGAAGGUUGAGAACGUGCCCGAAACCCCAAAGGAGAAACCACCGUUGCCGCAUAGUGAGCAAGAAAAGAUUACGAGCGAAAAAGUUAAUAAGAAGGAAAAGGGCAAAGUCGACCUACACCAGACUCCAGAUGAUGUUUCCGGACUCGAGAAGCCAUUAGACCUACCAGGUAAACUACGCGACGACCCGAAUCCUGUCCCUGACUCGGCCAAUAAAGAUCAUCUCGACGUAUCGAAACCUACCAAAUCUACUACCAAGACCUGGGAGCAAGAUGAUGAGGGCAACGAAGGCCUUAUUCAACCUUUCCACUCUUUUGUGCUUUCUCUUACCAUGAUCCUCUUUUCUGAGGUGGGUGAUAAAACAUUCCUCGUUGCCGCGCUCAUGGCCAUGAAGCAUGACCGUAUGCUUGUAUUCUCGGCUGCAUUUGGCGCCUUGCUGGUCAUGACUGUCCUAUCUGCCGUAAUGGGUCAUACGGUCCCAGCCCUGAUCCCGAAGAGGGUGACAACUUUCCUAGCCUCAGGACUAUUUUUUAUCUUUGGCGCGAAGUUGCUACGUGAAGGCAUGGCCAUGGAUCCAAACGAGGGCGUCACGGCAGAGAUGCAAGAGGUUGAGAUGGAACUGCAGGAGAAGGAACACUUGGCACUCAAGCAGGGUAGACGGCGCUCCUCUCUAUCUCCGUACGCGUUAGAGAUGGGGCUCAGCAGCGAACGGAAACCAAGGUCUCAGUCUCGAUUCCCGACCCCACCUCGAAGCCCCUCGACCUCUCCAGGUAGGAGUCCGUCGCCUCGCCGUAACAUUUUCAGCGGAUUUGGCGUUGGUCUAUCGAACCUCUUCUCGCUUCUUCUUAGUCCCGCGUGGGUGCAAACUUUUGUCAUGACCUUCUUGGGGGAGUGGGGAGAUCGUAGUCAGAUUGCAACGAUUGCCAUGGCUGCUGGUCAAGACUACUGGUGGGUGACAUUAGGCGCCGUCCUGGGCCACGCAUGUUGUACCGGCGUAGCUGUCCUCGGCGGCAGGGCCAUCGCCGGCAAAGUAAGCUUGAAAGUUGUGACGGUGGGUGGUGCUAUUGCAUUUUUGGUAUUUGGCCUCAUCUACUUAAUCGAAGCGAUAUACGCGUAA